AUGCGUCCUGGUUGCAGAAGGAGCGACCGGCAAAUGGCAGAGCGAAUCUCGUUUCAUUCUUCCCAUGAAAUGCGGCCCUCUCUCUGGGCGCUGCGUUGCAUUGCUCUUCACCCCGCCGCUCUUACUUGUUUGGCGCUCCAUCAGUUGAUUGUUGUGGCGGAAGAAAGACGACGACAAUCCACCAGCGAUCAUGACAGGGAAGUUGAGGUGCUGUUGAGCCGUCUUCUGGAGUGGCCACUUCCAGUCCUGACUCGCUGCGCCUCUACCCUCCACGUGUUGCGAGGCGUUGUGCGGGGGUGGAUCAGCACGGUUCAGGCGAAAGCACCUCCUCCAUCCCGAUCUCAGUUUUCGGCGUCUCCUACAACGCCUUAUCGAAGACUUUACAACAUCUGCCUCUGGCAACGGCGCUACCCACUCUUUAUUCUUACUCCUGUGCUUGACGCGUUUGGAGAGCGGCUGUCAUGUCAGGCGCUUAAUGACAUUUUGGAGGCACUUUCAGGUUACAUUUUGGGUCCUUUGAACGAUAUUCCUCAAUUACUACGAUGUGACGUGCUUAUGACAUAUCACAGGCUUCCAUUUCAUCAACAACUGCAGCUGAUGAAGUCUUUUCGCACGGGCUAUGCGCUUGAAGAAUGUGAGGCACCACCACCACCGGAGUUGUACAUUGGAGAACACGUGCGUCACGUACCGCCGCGCUUUGGAUCGCAUAAUAUCAGUGCCGAGCAAUAUGCGGAGCUGCGGCGAGCUUUUGAGCUGCACAAAAGGGCAGGAAUAAGGCGACUUCUUGCAUGUACGCCUUAA